UAUCUAAUAGGUCUACAAGAGUGAUUAAGAGAGAGGGAGAGAGUGAAAUAUAGAGAGAGAGCACGGAGGAUGCCGGCGUUUACUGCAGCACUCCUGCACGUUCCCUUGCUCGGCCAGCCGACGGCCGGCGCCCAGCCAUGGCGACGACCUUUCCUACACCUACACGCUCGCCGUAGAUCAUGUGGGCCCAUGCUAAUAAGCAAAUCCCCGUACCCGGAGUCAGGAGAAGCAUACGAACGGGCAGUUGAUGGACGUCGUAGACACACGGAUGAACCAAGCGAGACGACAAGCAUGAUCGAUGCCAUCAGAGCAGCAUUGAGGUCAAUCGGAGAGGGUGAGAGUAGUAUUUCAGCCUAUGACAUGGCGAUGGUCGCCCUUCUCAAGAACCUAGAUGGGGGUGAUGGGCCGCAGUUCCCAUCGGGCAUCGACUGGAUCAUCCAAAAUCAGCUACCAGAUGGUUCGUGGGGUGAUGACGACUUCUUCAUGUUCAGUGACCGGAUCAUCAGCACCCUAGCAUGUGUUGUGGCGUUGACGUCUUGGAACAUCCACACCGACAAAUGCGAGAGAGGUUUGUUGUUUAUCCAAGAAAAUAUGUGGAGGUUGGCCGACGAGGAAGAGGAUUGUAUGCUAGUUGGAUUCGAGAUUGCCUUCCCCUCACUCCUAGAAAUGGCCAAGGACCUGGAUCUGGACAUCCCUUAUGAUGAGCCAGCCUUGGAAGCGAUAUAUGCCCAGAGAAACAGAAAGCUCGCUAAGAUUCCUAGAGAUGUGCUACACGCUAUGCCAACGACUCUACUUCACAUCAUAGAGCGAAUGGUAGACUUGGACCGGGAAAAGCUCCUUAAGCUCCGGUGUCUCGAUGGGUCCUUUCGUUGCUCACCUGCUGUAACAGCCACUGGUCUCAAGCAAACAGGAGACAAGAAAUGCUUCGAGUACCUUGAUGGAAUCAUCCAAAAGUUCAAUGGCGGAGUGCCCUGUAUCUACUCUCUGGAUGUGUACGAACGCUUAUGGGCGGUCGAUCGGUUGACGAGGUUGGGCAUAUCGAGGGACUUCACAAGUGAAAUUGAGGAUUGCUUAGACUAUAUUUACAGGCACUGGACUCCAGAGGGAUUAGGUCAUACAAAGAACUGUCCGGUAAAGGAUAUCGAUGACACGGCAACCACUACCACCGCCACCAUGUUGCAAGCUGACAAGGAGGUCUUCGGCUUCGAGCAGUACAUGGCGUCCAAGGCCGCUGCCGUCAACGAGGCCCUGGACCGCGCGCUGCCGCUCCGCCACCCGGAGCGCCUCCUCGAGUCCAUGCGCUACUCCCUCCUUGCCGGGGGCAAGCGCGUGCGCCCCGUGCUCACGCUCGCGGCCUGCGAGCUGGUAGGGGGCGACGAGGCCGCGGCGGUGCCUGUGGCAUGCGCCGUCGAGAUGGUCCACGCCAUGUCGCUCGUCCACGACGACCUGCCGUGUAUGGACGACGACGACAUCCGGCGUGGCCGCCCCACCAACCACGUCGCCUUCGGGGUCAGCACCGCGCUGCUCGCCGGCGACGCGCUCCUGGCGCUCGCGUUCGAACACGUGGCAAGCGGCUGCGCGGGCAGCGGCGUCCCCGCCGUACGCGCGCUCCGGGCAGUGGCCGAGCUCGGCAGCGCCGUGGGCGCCGAGGGCCUGGCCGCAGGGCAGAUAGUGGACCUCGCUAGCGAGGGCGCACCAGUCGGGCUGGCCACCCUGGAGUACAUCCACGUGCACAAGACGGCGCGGCUCCUGGAGACCGCGGCCGUGAGCGGCGCCAUCAUAGGCGGUGGCACCGGUGAGGAGAUCGAGAGCAUCCGCAGGUACGCCCGGUGCAUCGGGCUGCUGUACCAGGUGAUCGACGACGUGCUCGACGUGACGUGCGCGUCCGAGCAGCUUGGGAAGACGGCCGGCAAGGAUCUGGCGGCAGACAAGGCCACGUACCCGAAGCUCAUGGGUGUCGACGGGGCGCGCGCGUACGCCGCCGAGCUCGUGGCCAGCGCUGAGGCGGAGCUCGACCGGUUUGAUGCCGACCGCGCCGCGCCACUGCACCAUCUCGCGCGGUUCAUCGCGUACCGGCAGAACUGAUGGGGUUGGCGCUAUAUUUCAUUUCUAUGUAAGAAAGAAAUAGAUGCUAAAGGUAAUUACAAACUAGUGUAAAAUAGAAGCGCCUAUUUUCUAAACACAUCUCGUACCUAGACUAGACUGCUUUUUCCGCUUUGUGUCGACACUAUUAUCAUAUUUUUUGUUUUGCUUUUUUGGUGUGUUGGCUGUGGGCACCUUAGCUAUGUAGGAUC